AUGUCGUUGUUGUCGCUAAGGUCGAGAUCACGAUCUGGGGCCUCUCAUUGGUUAUACAUGUUCUUGUACCAUAUCUUCACUAUUCCGAAAAUAUACUCGCUGCCGUUGAUAUCCGGAUCGCACGGACUCUAUUCUAGGGACGUUGGCGAGUCCGGCCACGGUGUAGGUGACGAGGCAGGCGUCACCACGUACUACAUUAUUUCCAUCAUCCUGGUGCUGCUAGGUGGUGUGUUUGCAGGGUUGACUCUCGGGCUGAUGGGUCAAGAUGAGGUUUACCUGAAAGUGAUUAGUACUUCAGGCUCAAGUUCUGAAAAGAAGCUGGCCAAGCGAGUGCUUGACUUGAUAUCUAAGGGUAAACAUUGGGUUCUGGUCACACUGCUUCUCUCCAAUGUUAUAACCAACGAAACGCUGCCUAUUGUCUUGGAUAGGUGUCUUGGGGGCGGCUGGCAAGCCGUGGUCUCAUCAACUAUCCUGAUUGUGAUUUUCGGUGAAAUCAUACCGCAAAGUGUCUGUGUUAAAUACGGGUUGCAGGUUGGGGCAUUCUUUUGCCCUUUUGUUCUUGUGCUGAUGUACCUGAUGUACCCUGUUGCGUAUCCGAUUGCCACUCUACUGGAUUAUAUGCUAGGUGAAGACCAUGGCACCAUAUACAAGAAGUCCGGUCUGAAAACUUUGGUCACACUGCAUAGGACCAUGGGUGUCGAAAGGUUGACGAAGGACGAAGUCACCAUCAUCUCUGCUGUUUUGGAUCUGAAGGCAAAAAGGGUGGAGGAAAUCAUGACUCCAAUUGAAAAUGUCUUUACAAUGAGUGCUGACACCAUCCUAGACGAUAAAACAGUCGAAAAGAUCUUCAAUUCGGGGUUUUCCAGAAUACCCAUUUUUUUGCCCAAUGAACCGAACAAUUUCAUUGGAAUGUUACUUGUCAGGGUGCUUAUCUCCUACGAUCCUGAUGAUUGCCUCCCAGUUUCGCACUUUCCUUUAGCCACGUUACCGGAAACUUCCCCAAACACAUCUUGUUUGAAUAUUCUGAAUUAUUUCCAAGAAGGAAAAUCACACAUGUGUGUUGUGAGCAAAGAGCCAGGCUCCUCCCAUGGCGCUAUUGGUGUCUUAACUUUGGAAGAUGUCAUUGAAGAAUUGAUUGGUGAAGAAAUUGUAGACGAAUCUGACGUCUUUGUCGACAUGCAUCAACAUAUUAUGAGGCAACAACCGGGGCCCUUGAGUAAAAGGCAUAUUACUUCCUACUUGCAUCAUUUGUACACCAGCUCGCACAAGGAGCACCGAACUGCGGAUCAAACCGAUGAAUUGUCUCCACUCUUAUCUCCAUCCACUUCCAAUCACCCAUCCGAGCACCAACAACAAGCUUCAAACAAUAAAACUUGGAAUUGGAGAAAAUCCAAUGAUGGUAACGACAGGUCCAAUCCGACUCCGAAUGUCACUUCAAGAUUGGCUCUUUCAUCCCCAACCCCACAAUCUACAGAACAUAGCGCUAUCAUACCUUCCAACCUAGCAUCGAACCCAUUGAAUAUAAAUAAAUCCUUUGUCACUAUUAAAAAGCCUGCUAAUGUCCCAAAGAUUAUCACUACUCACUCUUCUCCUUCUGGCAAAGAACCGUCUCCAGCACCCCACUCGAGCGAUAAGUCACUCUCUACUGAAGAACACCAACUAUUAAAUGAUCACGCAGAGUUAUCGCGCCAAGCUAUGCUCCAUACUCAGCGGUCUGGUCAGCCGACUCAAGUCACUACCUCUACAAACACCACAAGAAAUAGCCCUGAUAGCAUAUCAAUUCCUAAUUCUGGCACAGACCAUCUCAAUGAAAACCAAAACGUCACAAUUUCGUCCUCUUACCAAAACACCAAGAAUGGUAUUGUUGAAUCUGUGAUUACAGUCAAAGGUGUUCCUAAGACAAUCAUUGGCCCUGCAAAGGAUUGGGAUGAAUCCAAAAGCGAAUAUGGCAACGAAAAUGCCAAUCAAGACAACUCAAACCAAACUGACGAUAGGGAAAGUUCAAGUUCGAAUACGAGUUUAUUUUCCAGUAUUAGAAAGAAAUUCAAGAACGAAAACACUAACAAUGAUCGUACAAAUUUCUCAGACUCGUUUUCAAGAACCUCCAAUUAUGAAGGAAAUGGCUCUUCGUCAACUAUGAAAAGAUAA